CCGUCGUAACGAAAUGUGCAAAUAUCUUUUGUGUUUCUUAAUCAUAGGUGUUGGUCUGUUAUGGAAUCACAGGGCAGUCAGGGCAGAAAUCUUCGACGAGUGCGCCGAUGAAGAAGAUGGCACGUAUGUGCAAAGCUGGGAGAGCUGCCAAUCCUAUGUGUAUUGCAUGGGUGAAGAUUCCGGGAGGGGCGAUUGUGACGAUGGAGAGUAUUUUGAUGCGGAUUCAGGUAGCUGUGAUGCGCGAGAAAAUGUUCGCUGCUUCCUAGACGAGGUGGACGAACCACCGGUAGAAGAGCCCGAUGACGACGAGCAGGUGGAGGAAGAGGAGCAGCAACCAGAAGUGACUCCCAGCACUCCAAGGCCAUCCACUCGACCCGACGAUCCAACACCGCCGACUGUGACUGAGAAUAAUGCCGAAGUGGAUUUUCUCAACAUAGCUCCCGUGGUGAAGCCCACUUGUCCCAUCACUGAUGACCCCAGUCAAGUGAUCCUCAUGCCGAGCAAUGACUCAUGCACGGAUUAUUAUCUCUGCUAUCAUGGACAUGCCAUGGAGAUGCAUUGUACCGAUCAAUUACAUUUCAAUGCCUUUACAGGCCAAUGCGAUUAUCCAGAAAAGGCUCAUUGUUUGCUUGAACGUCCUUCUGCACAUAAGUGCUUGCCGACCAUGACGGACUUCUUUCCCCAUCCGGACAAUUGCAAUUACUUUUAUUACUGUAUCAAGGGGUUUCUGACGCUUCAGCAAUGCCCCUUCUAUUACGGCUGGGAUGUCCAGAGACGAAGUUGUGUGCAAAUUAAUGUGGCCGAGUGUUAUAACAAAGCACGACGGACGUAAUCCGUAUAAUGCAUAUGUCUCUAUAUACAUAUGUACUGAUACAUGUUGUUUUCAGGGAUUCUCCUAGUUUAAUUUAUAAUCGAAAUCAAAAAAGAUAUGGGUUUUCCCUUUCUCUGUAAUCAAUGAGCGAUCCUUUAGAAGCCAACAUAAAAAAGAAAAAAAUUUUACCCAAAAAAAAGACUCUAGAUAAGAAGCG